AUGGCUGUAAGCAAGAGACGGAUAGCGCAGAAGUGCCGGAUGACGGCGGAUGAUGAUCUGCCUUCAGAGCCCACGGAGGAGAUUCAGUUUGACUCCAGCAAGAAGAUACUUCGUGCGAGAAGGAGGCACGAGAGACCGAGCACUCCCAGGACGAGUCUCCUGCAGUCUGGGCCCGUAUACACGAGGGACCAGAAGAUGAAGGGCCUGAACGAGUCCUUUAUCGAGGCGGUGAGGAAGGCGUACGCCCUCGAUAACGCGUACAAUUUCAGCGAAAUAAUCGCACAGUAUGGGAAGUACCUGCAGGAGAUAGGGGGUUUGCAGGGCCCUGGGGAGGGCCUGGGGGGAAAUUUCCCUGGGGGUCUGUCCGCGAGUGCUCCCCCCAGGAAGCUCGACAUCUCCGCGAUACUUCGCUCCGGCCUGAACAAGGGAAGCAGCACGCCCACGGAAGAGGCAAAUAUUCAGAGGGAAGAAAAUAAUGAAAGUAUCCCGGGAGGAGUAAAGACUGAAGAAAAGACAGAAAGUAUCCCGGGAGGAGUAAAGAAUGAAGCAAAUAAUGAAAGUAUUCAGAGGGAAGAAAAGAAUGAAAUAGGCAGAGUUCAGGAAAAAAAAAAGAAUGAAAGUAUUCAGACUGAAGCAAAGACUGAAAGUAUUCAGGGGGAAGCAAAGAAUGAAAGUAUUCAGAGGGGAGUAAAUAAUGAAAGUGUCCUGGGAGAAAACAUUCAGAAAGAAGCAAAGACAAACUCUAAACAUGAAAAAGCUGACUCUAAACAUGAAAAAGCUGAUUUAAAGCAUGAAAAAGCCGAUUCUAAACAUGAAAAGGCUGAUUUAAAGCAUGAAAAAGCUGAUUCUAAACAUGAAAAGACUGAUUCUAAACAUGAAAAAGCUGACUCUAAGCAUGAAAAGACUGAUUUAAAGCACGCUCUGAAGAAUGAAACUAGCCCUGAGAAGGCACCUGCAGGAGGGGAGGAAGAUAAAGGCACUGCAGACCACGGGGGAACCCGCAGGAAGAGUGCGUACGCGAAGAGUGAUCGCGGGAAGGCAGAGGAAAGUCUCCCCCAGGCUUCAGAGGCAGAGGAUAAGAAGACUCUGAAGCCCCAGGAGAAGGAGGGAAAAAAGGCCCAGGAGAUUCUGUUUGACCUCCCCUGCGAAGUGGCUGUGAGAAAACUCUCGAAGUUUGAGGAGGUUGGCAUUCGCAGGGUCCUUGUCCACUACAGAAACAGCGAGAAGACAAUAACAGUUUUUGACGGAAAAAAAAAGCAUCUUCUGACAGUCCCCGUUAGAAUGACGUCAAUUCACUCCGAGAAAAGCAAAAAAGUCUUCAUUUUCGUGGACCCAGAGACAGGGCUGCUGUACAGAAUACGCCUGGCCACAGAAAAGGACGCAGGGAACUUGAGAAGGGCCUGCGCCUUGGAUGAUGCCCUGGAGAAAUAA